CAAGGGCUACUCGGACCGACCAGUGUUCGUGGGAGUGCGCACUCUGAUCGUCGUCUGCAUGCUGCUGACUCUGACGCUCAUCCUCGUCACCGUCAGGCCGAUGGAAGUUCUCUACGGCAGCUUGCCGGCGUGCAUGAACGGCGGCGACGCCCAUCGGUCGCAGGGCGACCGACCCCGACUGAAGGUCAUCCCCGAGUGGCAGGAGCCGGCAGUCACAGCGGACCGCGAGGCGGAGAAGCUCCACGACGCCAGGUACGGCACGGCGCGCCGCUUCGUGCCCAUGGGAACGGCCACCUUCCUCUUCGUCCACAUCUCGUCCUACCGCUUGGGCCCGAGCAGCUUCGGCGUGGUCGGCCUGGGCGCGACGGACGUGUUCCGCUACUCGAACCCGGCCUUCUUCUGCUCGUGGCACCCGCACGUCGCGACCCUCGCCGCGCCGGUCGUCCACUGCAACGGCACCGCCAUCCAGCCCGAUCCCCGGCACGUGAGCUUCGGCCGCCAGUACACGGGCACCGUGGUGUCAUGCGACUUCGCAUCGCCCGUCGGCGUCGACGGCGCGGGCGGGCACCUCGUCGUCACGGCCACCCACGGCAGCGACGACCUGUCGGCGCUGGACGAUGUCAUGUUCGUCGCUAAAACCGAGAGCCCCGGGCAGUACAAUGCCUCGUUGUUCCGGGCGCCGUACGAGUUCGACCACGUCUACUGCGGCAACGGCAUGUAUGGCGACUGGGUCAAUCCCCGGCGAGUCCGCGAGUGGCUCGCUUACCACGUGAGAUACUUCGGCCCGAGGUCGCACUUCUUCCUGUACGAUGCUGGAGCUCUCGACGACGAUGUCCGCAAGGUGCUGCAGCCGUGGGUGGAUUUGGGCCGUGUCACCAUCACCAAUGUCAGGCAGGAGAGCCGCUUCAGUACUCACAUUCACAGCCAGUUCGCCAUCCUCAGCGACUGCCUGUUGCGGUCCAGGACCUUGUCCACAUGGACCUGGUUCUUCGAUCUGGACGAGUACAUCGUCAAUCCUCCGGGCUUCGACCUGCAGCAAACGCUGGAGCAGGUCCAGAAGGACUUUUGGGGCAGCAAUUUGAAGAGAGUUUCCCUCAAGCAGAUUCCCAUGGAUUUCAAGCAUUGUCAGCGGACUGCUGAUCCGACCAAACAGGAGAGUGAGUGGGCCAUCGAGAAGCUUGUGUACAGGCGAACGGAAGCCAUCGAGUUGGAAGGUCACAUGGACAGGAAGUCUUUUGUGAGAUCAGACUCGGCUCUGGCGAUGGGACCUCACGAGCCACCGGAGGGAGGUAUGAUACUGGCCGAGGGGGAGGAUGUCGGCAGUGUGACUAUAUGGACAGAUAAAUUUUCCUACUACCAUUACCAUGGUACUACAACCAGGAAGGAUUUAGAGCUUUGCCAGGAGUUGGUGGAUCCCGGUGUCAAUGUUACCACUUUCAGCGACAUCGAGCACCAGUUUGAGACCUUUCAGAACGUGUCCCACCAACUCGAUCUCUCCAUGAAAGCCUUCGCAGAAGAAGUGAAAGAGUUUGAGACAAGCAUGAUCGGCUCAUGAGCCAGAAGUAGAUCGCAAGAUAUCUAUGAUUCAUGGUUCUACGACAACCAACACAUACAUUCCAUGGCAGGAAAAAAGCUCCUGUCAUCGAUGACCUGCUUGAGGAACGACGCCCUAUAUCAGUCAACUUCGAACAAGUGCAUGCAUCUUCGACCUCUCGAGACAUGAUUUCGAGGAACAGCUCGGAUGUUUGAGGAACAAUUGAAGCUGGUAAGAGCUCAAUACAACAAGGUCUGAGUCCUGCGAGCACACACAGACAUUGCUGAAUCUGGCGGCUCAGAUAAGAAGUUGCGGAUUCUGCUACAUACCCGGGAGCAGUGGACUCCCUUCAAAUAGUAGAGGCUUAGGCACCCGCAGAACUCCAGAUAUUCAGUGGAUCAACAGAUGUCAUCGAGCAGGUGUUACGUUCAUGGCGGUAGAGAGAGAGAGAAAGAGAGACCGAGCGAGAUCUUCAAUUCGCUAGCAAGAGCUCUCAAGCUAGGUCGAUCUCAACAGCAAAGAGAAUCCAUGAGCGUAUGAUUUCGAUAUCGAAGUCCGAAAACGUCGGUGAUCCUUUUGUAAAAUAAGCCAACUUGAAAUAAUGUUACAGUCUUUUACAUUCC